AUGGACGCCAAGAAUUCCCUUCAUUAUCAGCCAACGGCGCGCUCUCUGGUUACCGACCACGAGCAGGUCCUGCCCCUGCUGGGUAAAUCACCUGCGUGGACGACACCGAACGCUGUUCAUCCAGUGGCUAUUAAUAACCAUCCAUAUCAUCCUCAUCAUCAAUAUACCUAUCCGAUCGCAGCGCCUAUUUCUGGCCCUGUACCGGGUCCCGCGCCCCCGCUGCCACCAUCCCCGAUUUCCUCACUCCCACCGCAGCAACAACAACUACAACAACCGCCACCAUUAACACAACCCCCCGCGCCAGUCCAUAAUGGCGCGCAACCGUCCACAACCGCAGACUCGAAUCGACAGGAUGCAAACAAGAACGGGGUGACCAAGCCCCGCAAAGCGCGCAAGACCAACAAUGCCGCUGGGGGCAAAUCGACGCUGUUCUGGGUCCAUACCGACCCCAAAUCCGUGUCCGAAGGAACAAGGGAAGAGACCCUCAAGCGCAUUCGUUCCCAUGUGAUGUCCGAGCAUAAUCGCAAGAAGCGACUAGAAAACACUAAGCGAUACAAGAGCAAGACCUGGAAACAUUUGGCUUUUCAACCGGUCGAGACAACAGCCUCUAGCUCGGCAGCAGCAGCGGCUUCGGCUUCUCCCACAAACCCAUCUCCUAAAAAGACCGUCACCGAAUCCUCCUUUGGAGCUCGGAUCACCUCCGAUUCGCCGUCACCGUCAUCUUCGUCCUCGGGUUCGUCGUCCCCCGAACAACGACAUCGAGAAGAACCGCAGAAUGCGUUGGUGGUCACGGAGGCGAGCAGUUACCCGGUUGUUUCGGCGGCAGCCGCGACCAGUUACACCAUCGACGCACCGGCGUCUAAUGAACUAUCGCCUGUGCAGGUGGCAUCUCCGUGGGUUCUGGUGGGUCAGGGGGGCAGUGACCCUUUCAAUACCUCGCAUACGGUGCUUUCGGACCGUAUGUCGCGGCAUCUUCAUCACUUCUUCGAAUUGACGCAGAUCUCAUAUCCGCUGCAACGCCGGUACGGACCUAAAUUGAGGGCCCACUGGGCUGCGUUGGUCCAACAGGACCCGGCUUCGUUGCAUGCUUGUAUAUGUGUUGCAGCGUCCAAUUCUGCUUUAGCCGCAGGGGAGCUGCCAUUGACUGACCCGAACAAGCGGCGGUCCAGUGCGCUGCUUCUCGACACCUUCCACCACCGAGGCGAAACAAUUCGACUGGUUAAUGAAGGUCUUUCUGACCCGAUCAAGGCAUCAAGUGACGAGCUGAUAGCCGCAGUAUCUAUCCUUCUAACCAUUGAAAUUGCUUCCGGUAACCCUGAUUAUCUGAAGGUUCAUCUUGCCGGGUUGCGGCAGAUGGUUGGUAUGCGGAACACCUUUGCAGAUGUGCCUCCCGAUGUUCGAUUCCAGAUUUCAUGGACGGAUAUUCGAGUCGCAUGCAUGGCUUCUACUAAGCCAAUAUUCCCUUUCAUUCGUUACGCCCGUCCUUUACAUUUGGCGCUCAGACCCCCCCAUAAAGAUCUUGAGCCUACCGCUUCUCGCCUGGUACAACUAAUGGAGAUACCCGGCAUCUUCGGCGACGCUUUGCCUAAAACGAUAUUGGACUUAGUUGAGCUGACCUGGUACAGCGAAUGGAUCAAGAGUGGGCCAAGCUACCAAGACUUCGACGAGGAGACCGAGGACUAUUUCAAUACCGAAGUUCUCCAGGUCGAAUACGCCCUCCAUACGGAUCGAUUCACGUCUACCGGUGAAGUCAAGGGCGAUGCCACCAUCGAAGGCUGCAUCCGGCUGGCUUGUCUCCUGUUCCACAAUAACGUGAUCUGGAAUUUCUACCCGGCUGUUGCACCCGUCUUUCCUAAACCGAUUAUUAAUCUUCGAUUGGCAUUGGAGACGACCAUGGGGGCCGGAUAUUUCGAGCUGUGUCGAGACGUGCUGAUCUGGAUCCUGUUCAUUGGAGCCACUAGCUCCGGGCUGCUACCGGAUCGGGCCUUCUUUGUGAACGAGCUGAUCGCAGCGCUGAGGCAAGAAGGGAUCCAAUCAUGGCAGGAGCUCCGUGCCCUUCUGUUUGGAUUUUUCUACGUGGACCGGUGCUAUCUCACCCCAUUACGGGACUUGUGGGAUGAGAUCCAGACGGUCCCGGUCGUAUCACCGGAGUGUAUAUAA